CGCAGCCAUCUUGUAUUUCGAGCGAAAGAGGAGAGAAAGGAAAAAGGAAAAAACAAACCUGUCAGAUGAGACGAGGGAUGAAAAAGGCUCUUUUGUAAAUAAACAGCAAUAAAAACGUUAGCUAAACAGGGUUGGGGGAAGAAAAGAGAGAGAAGGACACAGCUAACUUAGCCAGCCCAGCUCGCAGCAUCCUGAGCCGAGACGAUCCGAGUCAUCUGCGUCCAAAGAGAAUAGAGAAACAGGGGAACAGAGGAUCCAAACCGCCGACUGAAAAAACAGCCCGACCGGACGCACCAUGAAUCCCGAAUAUGACUACCUGUUCAAGCUUCUUCUGAUUGGUGAUUCUGGUGUGGGCAAGUCCUGCCUCCUGCUGCGAUUUGCUGAUGACACCUACACAGAAAGCUACAUCAGCACCAUUGGGGUGGACUUCAAGAUCCGCACCAUAGAGCUAGACGGAAAGACCAUCAAACUGCAGAUUUGGGACACAGCUGGUCAGGAGCGCUUCCGCACCAUCACCUCCAGCUACUACAGGGGCGCCCACGGCAUCAUCGUGGUGUACGACGUCACAGACCAGGAGUCGUACAACAACGUGAAGCAGUGGCUGCAGGAGAUUGACCGCUACGCCAGCGAGAACGUCAACAAGCUGCUGGUGGGAAACAAGUGUGACCUCACCACCAAGAAGGUGGUGGACUACACAACAGCCAAGGAGUUUGCCGAUUCCCUGGCCAUCCCCUUCCUGGAGACCAGCGCCAAGAACGCCACCAACGUGGAGCAGGCCUUCAUGACCAUGGCGGCUGAGAUCAAGAAGCGCAUGGGCCCCGGGGCCACGGCCGGCGGGGACAAACCCAACCUGAAGUUCGAGAGCACCCCAGUGAGACAGUCUGGGGGGGGCUGCUGUUAGAGACUGUCCCGGUCCCGACGAGCCCCCGUCCUCACCCCGACACCGC